AUGCCCAUCAGCUACCUUAUUCUCUUGUCCCGCCAGGGCAAAGUACGUCUCGCCAAGUGGUUCACCACUCUCUCUCCCAAGGAGAAGGCCAAGAUCAUCAAGGAUGUGACUCAACUUGUGCUCUCCCGUCGGACGCGGAUGUGCAAUUUCCUUGAAUACAAAGACUCCAAAGUCGUCUAUCGCCGCUAUGCCUCCCUCUUCUUCAUCGCCGGUUGCGCAUCGACCGAUAACGAGCUGAUCACCCUCGAGAUCGUCCACCGUUACGUCGAGCAGAUGGACAAAUACUAUGGGAACGUGUGCGAGCUGGAUAUCAUCUUCAAUUUCCAGAAAGCAUAUUUCAUCCUUGACGAGCUAUUACUAGCGGGCGAGAUGCAAGAAAGCAGCAAGAAGAAUGUGCUUCGCUGCAUUAGCCAGCAGGACAGCCUGGAAGACAUGGAGGUUGAGGAGGAUGUGGUCACCAAGAUCAUGUAG